AUCGAUUCAAAUUAUUUUUUUAUACUAGAAAAAUCGAUGCUUUUUGCUGCUGAUUAAUCGAUCGAUCGCCAUCCCUAACUUCCAUCAUUCGAAGACAUUGUCAAAUUUUUAAUCUCUCGCUAUUUCGCAUUUUAUGUAUUUUUUUGUAUUCGCUGUUUCGCUUUCGUUACAUAGGUAGCUUUCUUUCGCUCGUGAAUUUUUCCAACGUAUUGUAUUUGGCCUUCGACAUCGUGAAGAGAAAGAAUUUGUGUGACCUUGUUUACUUUGUAACACAGAAAAAGCAACUUAUUUAUAUAAACUUAAAAUUUUAUUUUAACGUAUUUUGUUGGCACAGAGGUUAAAUAGACCUUCAGGAACAACAUAGGCAUUUUUCUGAAAAUUCCUAUGGGCGCUAAGCCCCGUGUAAAGCUAGCCUUUAAUGAAAAUGAAAAUCAAAAUUUAAUAAAAAGAAUAAAAUGGAAGACUUAAAUUUGUCUUUGUUACAGUACAAUGAGCAGCUAAAGAUGGUCACAGAAUCCCUUCAAACUGUUGAAGACAAUACAGAGCAGAAAUCUUUACUUGAAUUGCAAUCUGAAUUGCAAGAGCUCAUUCAGCUUACACAAGAAAGCUUGGAUGCUACAAGAGCUACAUUAGCUAAUGAUAAAACAACCACUUCAGAAAAUCCUACCAAGACACAAGAGAAAGAUGAGUUAGAUGAUGAAUAUGCAUUGUUCAUGCAAGAAAUGGCUAAAUCUGGAGCUUGUGAAUCUGAAAAUCAAGAAGAAGAACCUUCUAAAAGCAAUAGUGUAAAUACAGACAGUGAAGAUAUUGAGGAUGAACUGGCAACAUUAUUGGGCAUGAAGUGUGCUGUAUACCACACACACAAAUGGGGCGGACAGCCUACUCUACACAACGCAAUGGUCAGUGCAGUGGAGCCCCGGCAGGAUGAUGAUCAAUUUAAAGAUCUUCAGGUGAGAGUGCUCUUCACUCAUCCAACACACACAGAGAUGUUGCCUUGUCCCUUUUUUCUUGAUGGCGAAUGUAAAUUUGAUGAUGAAAAAUGUAGGUACUCACAUGGUGCCGUUGUACCUUUAUCAAAUCUCAAAGAAGCUAUAGAACCUAAUUUUGACACUAUCAAAGCGGGAAGUAGAAUUCUACUAAAGUUGAAGCCACCAGAUGAUGAGGAUAUAAGCUUAACAAAAAGAUCUACAGAGAAAUACCACUUAUGGCACAGAGCUGUAGUGAAACACGUGGACAUUGAGAAACGGAUGUGUAUAGCGAAGCUUGAACAUGGAGCCAAGUCUGGUGACAAAAGGAAAUCUUCAGAUGAAUUACACGUCCGGUUGGAGGAGUUGUUUCCUUUGUCUGCCGAUGGCGAGGAAGAUUCUGAUAGCGACGACAGCAUUAGUGAUACGGAGUAUCCGGACAGUAAAGUAACACGUUCGGAAGAGUUGGACUCGCGAUCGCUUCUCAUCGAGAGAAGUCUACACAACAACGGCCCUGCCAUUGGAGAGUGGGAGCGGCACACCAGAGGUAUCGGGUCGAAGCUGAUGCUCGCGAUGGGCUACGAGCCGGGCCGCGGGCUGGGCGCGCGCGGCGCGGGCCGCCUGCAGCCGGUGGAGGCGCGCGCGCUGCCCCCGGGCCGCGGCCUGGACCACUGCAUGGCGCUCUCCGAGGCGGCCGCGGCCCGGGACCCGCUCAAGGUUGAGCAAAAGCUAAAACGAUUACAAAAGAAAGAAGUGGAACGACACAAAAGAGCUUACGAACGCGAGAAAGAGAAGGAAAGACGAAAUGUUUUUAAUUUUCUUAAUCGAACACUGGGAGACAAAGGGGAUGAUGAAGAACCCUCACAUGCGUCGCCUGCGGUAGACGUCAGGCAGUCAACUAGCAAAGACCUCAAUAUCGAACAGUUCAAAAUAACAGAAGACACCAGACGACUGGAGAAGGAGAUACUGAAGUUGAACACCUCACUAGCACGGCACCCCUCGGGCUCAACCGGCCAUCGAAGCAUUCACUUGCAAAUACUAGAGAAAACUAAGGAGCUCAACACUCUCAAAAAUAAGGAACAACUAAUAUCCAAAGAGCAAAGACAUAGAAAAGAUAAACAAAAAAUGACAGUUUUUUAACAACUAAAAUUAUCUAGGGUAGGUUGUAAUAGCUGUAAGAUAAUUGCAAUAAAAGAAGGACUAUGUUAA